AUGGAGCUCUGUUCACAUAAACUUGAAAAUAUUGUUAUCAGUAUGUCUGAACCUGUUGUGUUGCACCAGGAUCCUACUAGUGAACAGACAACAGGUAAUGCAGAACGGCAGAAGAAUGAUACAAAAGUAGGAAGUCUAAUAGUAAGUGUGCUAAGUAAACCAGAUGCUGAAUUUGUGUUGACGUGUAAAUAUGAUAUAGAUACUUGGGACAAAUUAUGUGCCCAAAUUGAAAAUCUAAAUGAUGAAUUAACUAAACAUGAAGAGAACACAUUGUCUGAAAGAAAAUUAAAUGGUCGAAUUAUAUCUCUUCUUGGAAAGGGAUAUGAUAAUUUCAAAGAUCUGUGGGAGACAAUACCACUUGAAAAUCUCAGUAUGAACCUACAUAUUGAAAAACUUUGUACCAUUCAACUGUGUGAACAAAAUGUGAUGCACAUAACUGCAUUUGUCGUUUGCAUCACAUGGAAGAAGAAGAUGUCGAAAGGGAGAACAAAACAAAACUUUACAUGCAAUAAAUCUAAACAUAUAUGUCACUGGGCAGUGAGUUUCUUUCACAGUGAAUUUGAUGUUGCUGAAGCGGUUUCAUUUUGA